UGUUCUUGGGUUUAUUAUUAUUAUUAUUAUUAUCAAAAUCCUAUCUGUUCCAGGUUUGGGUUUGCAAAUACAGUGCUACCAGUGUGAGGAGUUCCAGCUAAAUAAUGACUGCUCUGGUCCAGAGUUCAUCGUGAAUUGUACAGUGAACGUUCAAGAUACGUGUCAGAAAGAAGUAAUGGAAAAAAGUUUUGGAAUCAUGUAUCGCAAAUCCUGCGCGUCUUCACCUGCGUGUCUGAUAGCCUCUGCUGGGUACCAGUCCUUUUGUUCUCCAGGGAAGGUGAACUCUGUUUGUAUCAGCUGCUGCAACACGCCACUCUGCAACGGACCCCGGCCGAGGAAGAGAGGGAAUUCUGGCAUGGUGCCGAGGGCGCACAUAAUAACCACCGUUCUGCUCCUUAAAUUGGCUCUUUUGUUUUUAUAUUGA